CCCUCCGACUCCCUUUUAUUUCGCUAUGCGUCACCAUUCCUGCAUGUAGGCGCGCACGCCACAACAUCUUUUUCACCCCCACAAGCUUAUAAUUGUUUCUAGAAUCAUAAGCAGAAAAUAGAUUGCGUCUCCGGCUCUUAACGCAAAGCAACUGAGUGAUGUGUGUUUUAAGGUGUGGACAAUAUAUUUUGACUUCUGUGUAAAAUAAGGAUAACUUUUACGACUCUGAGAGCAUGAGGAAUAACAUUCUCUGGCCUAAUGAGCAUCUUUGGGCAUAACUCCAGGUACUCUGUCUGGCAAAAGAUCAAGCACUGCUCAUCACCUGCCUGAUACCAACCCUACAGCAAAGGAUGGUUGUAGCAGCAUCAUGCUUUAGGAGUGCUUCUUAGUGUUAGGGACAGGAAGACUUGUCAGAACAAAUGCAAGGAUGAAUUAAGCCAAGUACAGAGUGGUCCUUCACGAAAACCCAUUCCAGAGUUCAGCUUACCUCUGACUGGGACAAUGGUUCACCUUUAAGCACAACAGUAACCUGAAGAAUACAGCCAAGACCAUGCUGGAGUGGCUUUGAGACAAGUGCCUAACAAUUGUUGAGCCAAAUCCCAGUUGUAAACCCCAUAAAAAUGUUUGGAGAGACCUGAAGUUAAAACAGACACAAUUUCAGUGUGGACAGCAAGAUUGUUUUAAAUUCUGCAGCUUACAUUUUUAAUUGGAAAAAGAAAAGAUGAAGAAUUUGAAAUUGGUGUUUAGUAAACAAAAGCAGUGUCUACCAUACAUUCAAGCCAGUGGUGCCAUGGCAGCCACUGAGGACAGUAUGCAUGUACAAGAGGUAGUUGUGGUAACAACACCUGAUGGUGCAGUAAAUGGAGCAGCUGUAGAGGAAGUGAAGACGGUACUAUUAACAACUGGUUUAUCCCAGCAAAGUGACUUCUUCAUGACUGCAGCUGAAGUAAUUGAAGAUGUAACCAAUUGUGAGAGUGAGAGAUGUGCAAAUAUGAAUGGGAGACAUAAUGGAGAUGAUCUCACAGCACACAGUGAAAGUAUGGGUGAGGAUUGUGCUGAGACUGUGACUGAAACUGCUACUUUCACAACUACUUCUCUAAUAGAGAAAGAAGCGCUAAUAGCAGUAAAGUUAUCGGAAGAAGUUGAAAACCUUGAACCUGAAAUUAUUUAUCCUAUAACAUGUGGAGACAGCAAAGCCAAUUUAAUAUGGAGGAAGUUUGUUUGUCCAGGGAUUAACAUCAAAUGUGUCCAGUAUAAUGAACAUAUUAUCAGUCCGAAAGAAUUUGUUCAUUUAGCAGGAAAGUCUACUUUGAAAGAUUGGAAGAGAGCAAUUCGCCUGAAUGGUAUCAUGUUAAGGAAAAUAAUGGAUACAGGUGAACUUGAUUUCUACCAGCAUUCCAAAAUCUGCUCCAAUACUUGUCGCAGCACUAAAAUAGAUCUUGUUGGCAACAGAGCUUCUUUUACCAGUCAGCAGUCAACAGAAUUCAUUCCCAUCACCCCUGCCUCAGCUGAUGUAAAUGGAUCACCAGCUGCAUUUACUGUAGAAACUUCAGAAGAUAGCACGGAGUGGAUAACUACAAUUGGAGAAGACACUAUUACUUUUUGGCGUGGUUUGAAAGAUGCAGGAUUGUUGGAUGAAGUGAUUGAUGCAUUCCAGAAAGAACUAAAAGAGACCUUGAAAGGAUUACAGGAUCGAGUUCAACAACCUCCAUUGAAUGUUACAGAUGCUGUUUUAUUAAACAACAUUGUUCAAAAUUUUGGGAUGCUGGAUCUUGUAAAAAAAGUUUUAGCAAGCCAUAAGAGUCAAAUGGAUCGAUACAGAGAACAGUAUACACGCAGCAUAGCAGCAUUAGAGCAACAAUGUGAUGAGCAUCGUAAAAGAGCCAAAGAACUGAAGCACAAAUCUCAACAUCUAAAUAAUGUGUUGAUGAACCUUGCACCAGUAUCUACUCCUUCUGCUCCCAAACGACCAAGAUUGACACGUGCAACAUCAGGACCUGCAUCUGUGGCGACUCAUGUUUCCACGCAGCCAGCUCAAAUUACUUUGACAUCAGGGCUGCCAGUGACUCAACUAGCAAACCUUCCAUUAGGUAAAGUGGUAUCUGCCAUUCAGGGCUCAGGAUCCAGCACUGCCUCGCAGCAUACUGCAACCUUCACUGCCACCAAUUCUACUCUGGGAGGCUACACAGUGCUGGCUUCGCCAGGCACAGACAUUCAGCCAGAUGCGUCUAAUUUGACUGUCCUCAGUACAGCAGCCAUCCAAGAUGGCAGUACCAUUGUGAAGGUAAUGAGCCCUUUUCAAUUAUUGGCAUUACCAGCCUUGGGAGCAACGCUGCAAAACAUGGCCACUGCAGGAGGCACUAUUGUAGCACUGCCAGCAAACAGCAUAGACACAUCAGUCACAGAAACUGAUGAGUCUACUGUAAUUGAAAUUAAAGAUGAACAUGAAGGGAAGUAGCAAGUCUUUCACGGAUAUUAAGACUUUGUUCUUCUUAGGAACACCUGUUAAAAUCUGAUCCAUAAACAGACUUAACUGUAACAUAAAAGAAAAAAUUUUCUUACUACAAAAUACCAAAAGUGUCUCAAGAUGGAAGAAUGCUAUUUCAAUAAAUAAUACAAAAAUGGAAAAUAAAUAAAUAUCACAAAUUGUAAAAUUUGAAGGACUAAAGAUCUUUCAGGUUCAUAACAAAAUACCAGUCAAAUAUUCACAUUACCAGAAUUGCUUACUGAUGUAACCUGAAACAGGGAUAUUUUUUGUUUAGUUUUCUGAUCCUUCCCAAGGGAGUAAAAGAUAUAAACAAAACCUUUGAAGAUCUUUGCAUUUAAUAUUUGAAAUUCAGAUUUCCAUGAGACACCAUUUUGUAAUAGCUUUCUCAGUGGGUUCUUUUGUAUCAUGAAACUGAAAUGUUCUGUACUUUACACAGCUAAGAAACUGACUUUUAGCAUUGAAGAAAGCGAAACUUUCUGUUAAGAGUGUAAUCAUUUACCUCAGUCAAUUUAUUUGACUAUUUCAACAAGAAAUAUGUCAUUGCUAAUUUAGAAAGUGCACAGUGCUUCAGUUCCAUUCAUUGUUCAACCUUGUGGUAAAAUGAAAAAUAAAAUAACAUUUCUCAAAGUCUGAAAUUUCAGAUUUAGACUAACAUUAAAAAUUUGACAGUUUUUAAAUGGAAAAAUUCUGUCAAGAUUAUGGGUAGUAAUGAAGUUUUUUCAUCAUUCCAUAAACCACCAAGUAAAUCAAAACAAGUGUACAAAAUAUAAAGUAUUGUUUACUGGUGUAAAACAAAAAUUGUAUUUUUUCAUUUUUAUUGUUAGCUACAAAUUGUGACUUUUGUAAAUAACAAAAAAAUGAGACAUUAUCAAAGUAAUAUAAACUAUUUUUUAAUACGAAAACCAUAACAGAUUAAAAUAUUGUUCAAAAAGAUUCUUGCAGUAAACUGCUAAAUCUAUAGUUCCACCAAGACAUUAUUUAACUUGAUUAGUCAAAUUUGAAUUUGGGUCACAUAGGGAGUACUUGACACCAGAAGAUGUAUGUAAACAUGUAGCAGAAUCAAUUCCAGUUUUUAAUUGCACAUUGUGACUUGGUUUAUGUUAUCAUCCUUCAACCAUCUGUUAAUUUAAGUGGAUUCAGAAAGGGAUUUGGGUGUUACACAAAUUAUGCUAGAAUCUAUCCACUUUCUGAAUCCAGAAAUCCAGUACAGGUUCAAAGAGAGUCAAAAGCUAUACUUGUUACAUAUUUAGAGAUUUUGGAUCCCUGAGAAAAGCAGUUGACAUCUGAUGAAAACCGAGAGUAGAUUCAGUCCAACAGUAUACCCAAUCUGAAUUCAGUAAUGCACGCUGUUAAGUUUAUGAUCAUUUACUCAUUUCACUUGCUUAAUAGAUGCUUAACCCAGUUCACCUCCAGAAUAAGUAUUUAUUUUCCCAGAACCUUUUUAAACAAUUUUAUUUAUUGUUUUUCUUGUAUGGUUACAAUUUUUUAACUUGCAUCUUUGGAAAAGCUACAAUAGAUGACAUAUAGGGAUUUUUUUUCCUAUUUUCAAAUAUGAAAUGCCUUAAAGGACAAUCUUUGGAGCAGUAUUUAGCACUGAUACCUCAUGGCUCCAGAUCCCUGAGUUUAAAGUUGCCUAUUGAGGUGUAUGUUUUUUUGUGUGUCUGCAUUCAUUUUCCACCUACAUGCCAAGAUGUGCUGACAUGGUUGAUUUGGCAACUCUAAAUUGGCCCAAUAUGACUAAAAUGUUGUGCAUAUGUGGUUCCUGUGAUUUACUUCUGUUAUAUCCAUCACUAGCUCCUGCCUUAUGACUAAUGCUGCCAAGAUAGUCCUUAAAAUUGAGUUGAAAAGGUUUAGGUUUAGUAGAAUAAGAUAUAGUGGUAUGUAUCAUAUUCAUUUGAAUUGUAUGGUGUUUAGCUUUCCAGGGGAAAAAAACUACAUGACCCUAAAUUGGAAAAAGCGUAUUUAAAAACAUGAUGGAUACUAGGCUGAACAGAAUUCUCCUUUUAUUUUAUAUCUUUUGAUGGGAACAAAGUGAAUAUGAUAUGUAAAUGAAUGUGGCAUUGAUAUUAAUUUUUCAUAGGUUAACUUCUCCAUUGCAUUUUAGCUUCUAGACAAAGCAUUGCACUGGUGAAUUAAAAAUUACCAAUAUUUUAUCAACUCAUGCAGAUUUUAUUUGUAUGAUAAUUAUAUAAAGUAUUUUGUUUUUUACACCCAUUUAUCCAACAUCAAGAUUAAAAUUACAUUAGAAAUA